AUUCAGUGUCAGUAUCAGAACUUCCCAACAGCUACCUCUCGAAUCUUUAAAUCUUUAAAUCCUCUUCAUAUCAAGAAAAGAGUGAGAAUCCCUAGCUCUUCUUCAACCCUAUCUUGAAUCUUAAUUGAAAUUUUCUUGAUCAAGUGAAGGGAGACACAUCAAUACUUAUGGCUACUGCCACCACUGCACAAUCUCAAGACAAUGCCGUCUACUAUCAUAAACCUGAGAGCGAAGAACUCAACGAGGGAUUCAAUUAUCUUAUAGUAAACCCAGAGAAGGGAGGAAUCAUGGACUUGUGGAGGUUCAUGGUGCGGGCUGACAUUGGGAGUGGAGCGAAGUUUAUGGAGAGCUCAGAGGAGGGAGUAAUAGCUGGGGAAGCAACUGAUCACAGGUGGGUGAUUUUGGUGUCUAUUAUCUUUCGCAAAGUUCUUCACCUUAUUGGCAAGCCAUUAGAGUACACUGGCUAUGGAAUUGAUUUCUUCCUUAACUUCCUCUCUCAGAACGAUGGCCUCUUUGGCUUACUCAGGAACUUUAUGGUUGGAAAGGUGGUGAUACCGCAGAGGGGCACAGAAACUUUUAUAAGUAGCAUUGGACAUAUGGAUGGGCGAGUAGAACUAUAUAAAGCUAAAAACUUGCUGGAACAAGUGGUUGAUUGGGUUUCUGCAGAAGGAAGUGUUGUAGAAGAUUCAGGGAACAGAGCUCUCAUGGACCUCUGUAUCAUGGCUUCCAAGUUAGCUUAUGAGAAUGCCAAAGUUGUUCAAAAUAUUGUGCGUCACUGGAAGAUGCAUUUCGUGGACUUCUACGACUGCUGGAAUGAUUUCCAAAAGGAAAACUCCACCCAAGUGUUCAUACUUUGUGACAAGCCCACAGAUGCAAAUUUGGUACUGAUCAGCUUUAGGGGCACAGAGCCUUUUGAUGCUGAUGAUUGGAGUACUGAUUUUGAUUAUUCAUGGUAUGAGAUCCCAAAAUUGGGAAAAGUUCAUAUGGGAUUCUUGGAAGCAUUAGGUUUGGUCAACAGAGCCAACACCACCACCUUCAAAUAUCACCUUCUUAAGAAGAACAUGAAUCCCAGCCGCUCAAAUGCUGUUGAUGAUCCCACAAGUCCUUCAGAAGGUACUGAAUCAGUAUCCUCAAAAGCUGAUUCCGAAAUCAGGGAUCAUUCUUCAGACUCUGAGGGACCAGUUAUUCCACCCGAAAUGGUGAGGAAGAGUGCAUACUAUGCUGUGAGAAAGAAGCUCAGGAGCUUACUCAGGGAGCACAAGAAUGCCAAGUUUGUAGUUACAGGACACAGCUUAGGUGGGGCACUUGCUGUAUUAUUCCCAAGUGUGCUAGUGCUACAUGAGGAGAAUGAGAUUAUGCAAAGAUUACUUGGUGUAUACACAUUUGGGCAGCCAAGGAUUGGGAACAUGCAGCUAGCGAAGUUCAUGGAAGCCCAGUUGGAACAUCCAGUUCCUAAAUACUUCAGGGUGGUCUAUUGCAAUGACCUUGUGCCUAGGUUGCCUUGUGAUGACAAAAGCUUCCUGUCUAAGCAUUUUGGAGUGUGCCUCUACUAUGACAGCUUCUACAAUGAACAGAAAAUCGAUGCGGAGCCCAACCCAAAUUUCUUUGGGUUGAGGUAUGUGAUUCCAUUGCACCUAAAUGCUGCAUGGGAGUUGAUUAGAAGUUUGAUGAUGGGCUACAUAUAUGGGCCAGAGUACCAGGAGGGCUGGUUCUCCAUGUUGUUCAGGGUAAUGGGGCUGGCAUUACCUGGAAUUGCUGCACAUUGCCCUAUGGAUUAUGUGAACUCAGUCAGGCUUGGAAGCGAGCGAAUUCCUCUGGUGUCCUCUCUCUAAGUGAAAGUAAUAGUAGUGCAGGAUUGAUUUUGCAGUCUUCAUCACAGGGUCAAGUGGUCAUUGAUAAAAAAAAUAAUAAUAAUAAAAUUACAGAAGACUUCUCAUUAUGUUAUUUUUUGUAGUAUUAAAUUUGAGUGGAAUAAUGGGUUAGCACUUCUCAUUUUGUAAUUUUGUUUGUAUGUUUGUUGGUGUGCUUUUGGUGAUUUGUAAUAAACAUAGUUAAAAGUUUGAUU